UCAGUGCGCCACGCAGGAUCAGCUGCGAGCUUCAGUCCCAGUCCCUCGCCAGUCCUGUCAUGUCCGACGCGUGUGAUUGCUCCUGGACUGCGUCUUGGCCGUGCCUUCCUCCGCAUGUCAACAUCCGACCGAGCGGCGGCGUGGUGGAGACGGACAGACCCUGGCUCACUCUCUUUGGGCGGAGUCUAUCCAGCCGCGCCGCAGCUCAAGGCUUCGCGGCCGACGACGGCAGUCCCUGCUUCUCCUUCUGCUGCCAUUUUAUCAACGCCGCUGCCACCACACGUUUGUUUCCACCCUUCCCGCCUAGCUCUCCGCCGCCGUCACCUGCGGCGACGCCUCCGCUGUUCCGCGACAACCCACAUCCCUACUUGGUCGCCGCUGGACGGCUUUCGGUGGCCUUUGUCGGCGCGUUGCUCUGCUUCGGCUUUAUCCUCGCCCUGCUCGGCAGCCAACGACCACCUCCGUCACCCAAGGCCGUGCACGUGGCGGAGCCAGUCAGGCGACGGCUUCGUUUCGAGGAUCAACCGGCGCCGUUCGUGAUCCAGGUCGCCUCCGCGCAUGCGCCGCCGCUGCCGGAGCCACCCUCGGUGGUGAGGCCCCCCCCACCGCCCUCGCCUCCACCCGGCGCUCAGACCCGCCGUGACGCCUGGUGCCGGCUGCUACGCACGCUGUGGAGUAGCCAGCCGCCGGUGACGGUGACGCCACUUGUGUGAGAUCAUGCAUGGCAUGCUGCAUGUCGGAAGUGUAAGGCGACGUAAGGUAAACUUCU